AUUAUACUCUAUAGCUCCUUCCCGCUCACGUUUGAUUGGGAUCGGACUCACAACAGUCUGAAACCACCAAGAGGGGCGGCCCAGGCGAGGAGAUGAUCUGUUCCGACGCCUUGUUUGCCCUCCACACAAAGAAAAGGAAGCCAUGUUGAGGUGUGAAAUGCGUGAGAGGAAGGGAAGAGAAGCUGGCAGAUCAUGCAGGUCUGCCUCCGCCACCAGUGUGUAUGUACGGCCUCCUCGGAUCUGGUUAGCUAUGAAGUCAUUAAGAUCAGUGAUUUCCGUGAAGCAAGUCGCCUUAUUUGAGGUGACAAGACCAAGUUUAAUGACUAGACAUCAGUGGGGCUAAUUAAUUGGCCCGAAUAUGUCCCCGGUGCUGUUGGAAAGUCAAGGUAAUGCACACCAGCAGUUUUCCAACAUGAUCAAACGAGUGUUAAAACUACCUCAUGCCCACCGUCAUGAGAUACAGAGGCACAGUUGUUGCUGCAAGAUUACGUACUACAUCGAAGGUGAUACAACCCGGCCGACAGGAUGCAGGCUGUCCAACAGGCAGCCACCCAGAGUGGGGCACACAUCAUCCAAACUGCUGGAGGUCAGCUGAUGUUGCAGACAGUAGGGGGCACAGGCUCCAUCCAGGUGGCUCAGGCUGGGGGCACUCAGCAGCUGCAACAGCUGCAGGUGGUACCAGCAUCAGGAAUACAGAGUAACAACCAUGUAGUGACUGUUCCUGCUGGGUCGGCACAACAAGCACAAAUCAUUCAGACUUCAGAUGGGCAGGCUAUAGUUUAUCCUGUCCAAGUUGAUAGUCAAGGGAAUGUUCUCCACCAGCAAUCCACAGUUCUGAAUCUUUCAGGGAACCUCAUCCAGCUGGCAACAUCCUCUCAAGGAGGCUCUGUGCAGCAGAGUCCUAAUCAGACAAGCCAGCAAACAACAGCAGCACAAAACUCCCAGACUAACCUGGGAAGUGUUGUUAUGGUUGGCAAUGGAGCAGUGGCCCAGUUGCAACGAAUACCCCUUCCUGGACCUGAACUCUUAGAAGAGGAACCUCUUUAUGUUAAUGCUAAACAGUACCAUAGAAUUCUUAAAAGAAGACAAGCCAGAGCCAAGCUAGAAGGUGAUGGAAGGAUACCUAAGGAACGAAAAAAGUAUCUUCAUGAAUCAAGACACAGACAUGCAAUGAACAGGAUAAGAGGUGAAGGUGGCAGAUUCCACAAGGGAAAAGAAGACAUGAUGGACAAUCUUGGAGGUUUAGGAUUACAGAACGGUAUGGAUGAACUUAUCACUGGAGACCCUGUGACAUCACGAGUGACUGACACCAAGGUGUUUGUUAGCUGAGGUAGCUCAGAAUUCCCUCUCACCUUAGGUUAAAAUUGAUGAUAUGCAUUUUGAUCUCCAGUCAAAAGUUUUUUACAACUAAAAGGAGUUCCUUCAAAAUGGCACAGGAAUGUCAUAUGAUUGUCAAGUACAAGAGUAUGUCAUAUGCAAUUUGUGAUACAUGUGGAGCUUGAGAAUAGCACUGUAUUUAUUAUAGAUUUAGCCAUAAACUCAAAUACAUAAGUGGCAUCUUAAGUGAUGGUGUCUUGAUAUUGGAAUUGAUCUCACUUUCAAGUAAUAGAUUUGAUAUUUUAAUAUACCUUUGUUGUCAUUAAUAAAUUGAAAAAAAUAGUAGUUCAUACUUGCAAAAUUAUAGACUAUAUUGUUUGGUCAGGUUUAUUUGAUUUGCCUUUUAUUUUCUUAUGAUUGUAUGACAGUUACAAAAGGGUCCUCGUAAGGUCACAUGUGAAAGCAGGACAGUGUAAACAUGAGUAAUCCUGUAAACUAAAACAAAGUGAAUACAGGAUGUUUGCAGUACCAAACUAUUUAUGUCAUCCAGGAGAGUAACUUGGAUAAGCAAUACCACCAAUACUUCACCAUUUACUUUGAAUCAUUCAGAGAUGUUUUUAAUAGCAUCAUAUUUCUGAAUAAAGUAAAUUAUACAUGAAAUAAUUCAAAACCUUUUAGAAUUUCAUAGUUUACCUCAAACCGACUCGCAUUACAAAGCUUAGCAACCCCAAAAUCAGACUAAAUUGCAUUUAUUAUCCACCCAUGAUUUGUGAAAAAUGAUCUUGAAUUGAUGCAUCCUGUAUCACAUAUGUAUUUUCAUCACUUCAAAGUAUUUUCUUGCAUUUUUUAUUUUCUUAUUUUUAAUAUGGCAAGUUUCAUACAACUAAUUGCUCCAAAUGGAACCAAAAUAAUAAGUUAUUUUAUAUUAUGUAUUUAUUGUCAUUUAGUAUAUUUAAAUGGAAAUUUGCUACAGAGAUAGCUGCUGUGAAUGAAAGCAAUAUUUAUGAUUUAUUUCAGAUGAAAGGCCUCUGUUUGAUACUGUAUUGUAUUGGGUAAAAGUACAAGGUCUAGAAAUUUAAAUCACAAUGGUUUCUAUGAUUACCAUUGUAAUAAAUUUACUAAGGGUGAAAGUUUUCAUUGACUAAAGUAUAUUUUAUAAAAAAAAAAGCUAGCUAAGAUGUUUUUAUAAGAAAGUAAAAAAUGAGUCAUUUGCAGCCCCAAGUUUUUUAUAUCCCUCUUUGAAUUGCAUUUUUUUGUAAGGUAUCAAAAUUGCACAUAUCAGUGGUGGGCAUGGUUCUGCAAGUCCGAUAACAGCUAAUUAGCGAAGCUAACUUUUUCGUUAGCUGGUUUGCGUUUUCGCUUAUUUUGGAAACAGUUAGCGGACCAAUUAGCUUCCGCUAAACGUAGUUCCUCCUCCGCUAACUUUAAGUCCACUAAAAGUUCAUACAGGUUUGUUCUUGUAUGUUGUGGGCAGGCACAGCACCAGUUGAGCCACAUGGCGCAAUAAUUCCAGGGCUUUCACUUCUGGGUAAAUUACGUCUUAAAGUAGGGUAAUUGGACAACUAUUAGAGAAAUUGUUUGGUAUUUUAGGGUAAUGCAUCUUCCAUUUCUGACUCAUUGAACUCGGGAUUUAAUAACAAGAAUUCGAUAUUUUCCACCUGACAAGAAAUAAACACUGCUAUUUACUUAUUCACUUAAUAUACUCCUUAGUAUUAUUUACAUUUAUGUAUCUAAAUUGAUCCACUCUCCCCAGCUGUGUGGGGCAGCAAUCCUGUGUAGUGUGUCAUCAGAUAUCUUAUCAGAUUUUGUCUUUCUGCACUGUUAUUGCAAGUUCAUAUAUUAGGCAUAAAUAAACUGUAGGCUAUGUGGAAUUUAAUUUGUGUACACCUUUAUCAUCAUCUGAUUUUGGCAUGCUAUACCUUUCUGGAAAGCUGUUAUGUCUAAGCCACAACAUAUAAAAAUUUCAGGUCACUAGGUCUGUUUUUAAGGGUUUUAGAGCUAAAAUAAUAACCGAAGCUAAAUCCAUGUGAAGAAAAGUUAGUGGUUAGCGUUAGCUUCCACUAAUUUAUUUAUCAGUUUAGCAAUUUAGCGUAAGCAAAGCUAACUUUUUGGUUAGUGGUGCCCACCACUGAUUAUGAUGAGCCUAUGUUGUACAUUUUGCUAGCUUAUCGCUGAGUUGAAUUUUGUCUUCCUAUCCUGAAUUAUAUACAUUGUACUAGAGAGUUUUCAGGAUAUUUAUGUGCAUCUCAUGGAUACUUCAGUUUUGAAAAAAAUGCACCAAUCCGUCCACUGUAGCUACUAUUGAUGACUAAAAUCAAUAUUCAUUUUAUCUCUGUGUAGGAUGUUCAUAGCUAUCACUCAAACAAAAUCAAGCCUUAGGUCUAAACUUAUGGAGGUAGAGUUAUAGUGUGAUUGAUAACGUCAGUUUCUAGUCCAAGUUUUGUAUUCCUAUUCCACUGUGUUCACUUUUAAAAUAUCUUAACAUAUUUUCAUAUUACUAAUUAACGUUUCUAAAUAAAAAGAUGCUUGUAGUUAUUAUGGUACAGUUAAUCAACAGUGAACAAUUCUUAGCACAGUUGACAUUAACAAAGUGGAAAUUUUCAUAAUCAUAGAAAAUGUAAGUUUUAAUGCAAAACUUAUUGCAUGGCUAAGAAUAACUGACCAUUUGUAUUCUAUAUCCGUGAAAUAUUAAUUUGAUAUUCCUAUAAAGAGUAAGUGGUUUGAAGUAGAUUUUACAGACUAGACAAGAAUAAGAUGCCAGGAAUCACAUACAAUGUGGGAAGGUUGGUGCCCUUAUAUUUUUGUGACGUUUCUUAAAAUUAGUGACAUCUUUAAUUCAAUCUUGGUCAAACAAACUUUGAUCUGUGGUGUUAUUGAAAACAAGUUUAGGGAACAUAUCACCAAAAAAAAAAAAAUAAUAAUAAUAAAGCUGUGAUUACAUAUGAGGCCAGCCAAAUAUAAACAUUUGGAUAAGUUUGGCUAAUAUGUGGUUCAGUUAAGGUAAACCUUGUGAUUCCAUUUGCUGUAGGUAGAACACAUUGUGUAGUACUGGCUUAAUUAGAUAUUCAGUGCCAAGGAGUUAAUAAUUUUAUAUGUAAAAACUAACAGCAUCUUUUUACAACUUGUUAGAUUUUGUAUUAAAGUAAAUUUUGUUGAA